GGGAGGCCGGGAGGAGGCAGGAAGGGACGCGAGCGGCGCGCCGGUGGCGGGCUCGGCUGGGAGGCCGCGGAGACCCGCGCGGAGCCCAAAGUUUGCGCUCAGCCCCUGGGCGGCGGCUCGCGGGGGCCGGGUCCGCCUUGCGCGCCGCCUCGCCCGCCCCGGCCGCGCCGAGGGUCGCCGGCGGCCACGCGGAGGCGGCCGGGAGCGGCGCCGCGGCAGGUGCUGCAGAGCGGUCAGCGUAACGGGAAGGAGGAGCCGAUGGCUUUAGCCGGCUGCCCAGAUUCCUUCUUGCACCAUCCUUACUACCAGGACCAGGUGGAGCAGACGCCCCCUCUCAGUCCACGAGAUCUGGCGGGACCGGGCUUCCCAGCACCGUCAGACCGGCUCACGAAUCACCAGGAGGAUGACGUGGACCUGGAAGCCCUGGUGAAUGACGUGAACGCGUCGCUGGAGAGUUGGUACCCAUCCCGUAGCAUGCCGUCGGAGACGGCGCCUCUGCUCCAGAGCAGCCAGCCGCCGCCCUCGGGAGCAAGGUCCCUGCAGACGCCGCGUUCCCAGCCUGUGCACAUCCUCGCCGUCAGACGCCUGCAGGAAGAAGACCAGGAGCUCCGAACCUCGUCUCUGCCGGCCAUCCCCAACCCUUUCCCUGAGCUCUGCGGCCCCGGGAGCCCGCCGGUGCUGACGCGGGGCUCCCUACCUCCGAGCCAGGCUGCUGCGAAGCAGGAUGUGAGGAUCUUCAGUGAGGACGGGACGAGCAGAGUGGUGGAGAUCCCAGCAGACAUGACGGCCAGGGACCUGUGCCAGCUGCUGGUUUACAGAAGUCACUGUGUGGACGACAACAGCUGGACACUCGUGGAGCACCACCCGCACCUGGGACUAGAGAGGUGCCUGGAAGACCACGAGCUGGUGGUCCAGGUGGAGAGUACCAUGGCAAGCGAGAGCAAGUUUUUAUUUAGGAAGAAUUACGCGAAAUACGAGUUUUUCAAAAAUCCUGCGAAUUUCUUCCCAGAGCAGAUGGUCACUUGGUGUCAGCAGUCCAACGGCGGUCACAACCAGCUUCUGCAGAACUUCCUGAACUCUAGUAGCUGCCCUGAAAUCCAGGGGUUCUUGCACGUGAAGGAGCUGGGGAGGAAGUCGUGGAGAAAGCUGUACGUGUGUUUGCGGAGAUCAGGCCUUUAUUGCUCCACCAAGGGGGCGUCCAAGGAGCCCCGACACCUGCAGCUGCUCGGGGGCUUGGAGGAGAGCAGCGUCUUCUCAUUGAUCGCCGGCAAGAAGCAGUACAGUGCCCCCACCGACUACGGCUUCUGCAUAAAGCCCAACAAAGUCAGGAACGAGACGAAGGAGCUGCGGUUGCUGUGUGCCGAAGACGAGCAAGGCAGAACGUGCUGGAUGACGGCGUGCAGGCUCCUCAAGUACGGAAUGCUGCUGUACCAGAACUUCAGGAUCCCGCCCCCGCGGAAGGCCUUGCUCCCCUCCUUCUGCACACCGGUGCGCAGUGUCUCUGAGAACUCCCUGGUGGCGAUGGAUUUUUCUGGGCAAACAGGAAGAGUGAUCGAGAACCCGGCCGAAGCCCAGAGCGCGGCCCUGGAGGAAGGCCAUGCCUGGAGGAAGCGAAGCACACGGAUGAACAUCCCAGGCAGCCAGAGCCCCCUCCACGCUUCCACCCUAAGUACAGUGAUUCACAGGACGCAGCACUGGUUCCAUGGCAGGAUCUCCCGGGAGGAGUCCCACCGGAUCAUCAAGCAGCAGGGGCUGGUGGACGGGCUUUUUCUCCUCCGAGACAGCCAGAGCAAUCCAAAGGCUUUUGUGCUCACGCUCUGUCAUCAUCAGAAAAUUAAAAAUUUCCAGAUCUUACCUUGCGAGGAUGACGGGCAGAUGUUCUUCAGCCUCGACGACGGGAACACCAAAUUCUCUGACCUGAUCCAGCUUGUGGACUUUUACCAGCUCAACAAAGGCGUCCUACCUUGCAAACUCAAGCACCACUGCAUCCGAGUGGCCUUAUGACCUCACACUCACUCUUGGCUGAGGACGGGAGCAAGCUGACACUGGAACGGGGCCGGGGGGUCGCGCGUGGCCGAGAGCACUCGUCCGUUCUGCACCCCGGGGAGCGGGGUCCGUCGGGGCCCACCCGCCAGGAGGGACUCGGGGUUGGACUCCCGCAACAAUUAGCUGCUGCGGAUCUGACGGGGCUGCCUCCCCCCGC